GUUUUUACCAGCACAUCGGUCGGCUGCCUUUAAUUCCGAGGCAUUUUCUCUCUAUAUAUAUCACAGCCCGAGUCUGCCCACAUCGGCCCGCGAAGCGCUUAUCCUCCCACCGCUCUUCUCCGUUGAGAGGCAGCGUCCCCCUUUCACCUUUCCUGACCUCCGCGCCCCGCUCCCUUCCUCACUCGCAAAGCCCCGCCUCGGAGGAGGAGGUGGGCGUGGCGCAGAUUCCCAGGCUGGCAGCUUCGCGCCAAUAGCUCCUCCCCUUCACUUCAUCCGAGCUUUAUCGCCGGGUUAGCCGCUUCUCGAGGCUCCUGAGGAAACGGAUGAGGUUGGUAGCGAUAGUGGGCAGCUGCCCGCCGUCAGUCGGCGCUGGUCCCGGGAACGGGGAAUAGCCAGUCCUGACUGCGUUCGCUUGGCUCCGACACUGGGCGGUUGCUGCGCUGCGGGAGCUGCUGGUUCUUCGGCGGUCCCGGUUUUAGGUGUGCAGUGUUGGAUUUAGAGGCAUCUGAAUGCUGUGGUUAUUUCCUAAGAGACCUGAGGUGGAUGCCACCAUGUGUUCCUCAAACUCUGAGAAGUGCCGCUCAUGUUUCAGAAUGUUCUCUUAAUGCUAGAGAGUUGUUACGUAGUCGCCUAGACAGGGCUAUUCAGCAUUCAGCAGCUGUGUGGCUAAUCCCAUCAACCAAUUUGUCGAAGAAAUGGACACCCAUAUGGACUUGCUGACAGAGCUCCAUCUUCUGGAUAAGGUACCUACCCUAGAGCGACUCCGAGCUGCUCAGAAGCGCAGGGCUCAGCAGUUGAAGAAAUGGGCCCAGUAUGAGAAGGAGAUGCAGCACAAGAAACGAAAGCAUGAGAAAAAGAGGAAUGUUGUCUGCUCCAAGAAGGUGUCUUUUGAGGCCAGUGUUGCAUUGCUGGAAGCUUCAUUAAGGAACGAUAUUGAGGAAGUCUGUUAUUUAUUGAACGACUUCACUCCCGAUCUGUGCAAUGAAGAUGGAUUAACUGCUCUGCAUCAAUGCUGCAUAGACAACUAUGAAGAAAUAGUUACACUCCUUCUGAGCCAUGGGGCCAAUGUCAAUGCAAAGGACAAUGAAUUGUGGACUCCUCUGCAUGCAGCAGCAACAUGUGGACACAUCAAUCUAGUGAAGAUCCUGAUUCAGCAUGGGGCAGACCUACUGGCAGUGAAUGCAGAUGGCAACAUGCCAUAUGACCUCUGUGAAGAUGAAUCAACUCUGGAUGUUAUUGAAACCUGCAUGGCAUACCAAGGAAUCACACAAGAGAAAAUCAAUGAGAUGCGAGCUGCUCCUGAACAGGCAAUGGUUGAUGAUAUUUCAGAGAUGAGUGCAAGAGGAGAGGAUCUGAACAUAAUAGAUGCUCAAGGUGUUUCACUGUUACAUAUAUCUGCAGCCAAUGGCUAUCUACAUGCAGCAGAGCUGCUUCUAGACCAGGGAGCAAGACUGGAUCUUAAGGACUGUGAUGGCUGGGAACCCCUCCAUGCUGCUGCUUUCUGGGGACAUAUGCAAAUGGCAGAGCUCUUAGUGUCCCAUGGAGCAAACCUGAGUGCCCGAACAGCUAUGGAUGAGAUGCCAAUAGACCUGUGUGAAGAAGAGGAGUUUAAGGUUCUGCUCUUAGAGCUAAAGCAUAAACAUGAUGUUAUCAUGAAGUCUCAAAUGAGGCAUAAGUCCUCCUUGAACAGGAGAACAUCAAGCACUGGAAGCAGAGGAAAAGUGGUGCGGAGGGCAAGCCUUUCAGAUCGAACAAAUCUUUAUAGAAAGGAAUAUGAGAAGGAGGCUAUUAUCUGGCAACAGAUAGAAUCUUCUGAGGAGCAAAGAACUUCUGACUACAAUAUUGACAUUCGGGAGGCUUCCUCUAACCAAGAGAACACAGAUCCAAACAUGACCACUGAUACAGCUAUAAUCCUUCCAGAGCUGGUAACAAAAGGAACACAAUGUGAUUCAGAAAAUUUGCUUCAGAAUGGACUCAGUCUACCCUCCAUUCCUUACCAAUAUUCUAUUCCAAAUGGAGAUGUUUGGAUAAUGCAUUCAGCCCUGGACAAUGAUGGAAGCCACGUAUUGCCCUACAAUACCCCUGGGGUUUCUGACUCUCAUCACAUCUGGGACGAGUACAAAGAAAGGAGCCACCAAACCCUUUCUGAACUGAAACGGCAGCGAGCAGCAGCCAAACUUCUCAACCACCCCUUCAUUAGUACACAUUUUAGUAGCGGUAUAGGAGACUCAGUGGAAAAUGGGGGAGAAGCUAAAGAACAUUUGAUUAGUUCCAGGACACCUUCUUAUACCUCCAAUGGAACUUCAGUUUAUUACACCAUGUCAAGUGGUGAUCCACCUCUCUUAAAAUUCAAGGCUCCCAUGGAAGAAAUGGAGGAGAAGGUGCAUGGCUGCUGCAGAAUCUCCUGAUCUCAGUUUAUUCCUACCAAGUUGGUAGGCAUGUUGCAUCCACUACUGAAUCUUCUUUUUUACUUCAUCACUGGAUCUGGUUUAAUCAUCUGGGACUAGGCUCUUCAAGGUUUAUGCAUACCUAAUUCCAUAUUUUGUUUUUGCAGUUUCAUUAAAAAUGGAGCAUAUGUAGGUAGAAAGAGAAGCGGAAGUGAAACUCUUUACACAUAACUUUUAUCUGCUAGAUGAGAGAGUGUUUGUUUGAUUACAACUCUAAUCUGAUUUCAAAUAUCUAUUCAUGGGUUUCUGGGACCAUAAUCGGCACAUGAGAAAUAAAUUCUUUUGACAUUGGUACAGCAUUACUGACAAAUACUUUUUUACAAGCAGACUAGGUAAACAAACUCUGUGUAAGGUUUUGUACCUGAAGAUAUAUGCACUUUAUGAUAACAACCAACCCAAAAACAGGGCCUCUAAUGUGACUGCACUGUUGGAAUGUUAACUAUCUUGCUGCCAAUUUUGUUUUGCCAUCAUUUGUGUUCAUUUUAUAAAAUAAUGAAGUAUGAAGUUUUCAACUCUUUUAAGGAAGAGAUUAUUUUCAGCUCCUCAGAGGAGCAGUACAGUUAAAAAGAAUUCGUGCUUUCUACCCAUUCUUUUCCAUUGAUAGUCCUUUUUAGUUUGCACUUGAAAAUAUUUUGAUAUGCAUUGCAGUAGUGUAGCAAAUUUUAAUUCAUCAUGCUCCAUCAGAGAACUACCAUUUUUGAUUUACCCCAACUUCUAUUUUGAAGAUUUUGAAAGAGGUUUUCUUUCUUUCUUCUCAGUGUUAUGCCUUGCAACUUUUACUAUCAUUUGAUUAGCUUGUUCUGCUGUGCAUUAAAAAAACCCCUUUGAAAUGGCUUUUAAACAUUAAAUCUGUACUAGGGUUUGAGGAUAGGGGUGAGCAUCAUUUUAUGUUUCACUGCUAAUGUUAGCUAAAUCUCUGUAAUUACUACUUUCUGCUUUUUGUCUGACCAAGAAACUGACGGCCAGAAUUUAUAUGUUAGAAUUUAGUUGUAUUCAUAUGAGAUCUACAUUCCUGAAUCAGGUUCUCCUCAUUGUAACAUAUUUAUCUACCCUUCUUUUCUUUGAUGCUAUCCAACUGUGUUAGGAAUAUAGUAUUCAAAAUUCUCUGCCAGCACUUGGAGGAUAAAGCUUGGGGAAAACUGCAAAUUUCCUAUGUUACAUUGUAGGGGAAAACUGAAAAUUUUCUAUGUUACAUUGUAAGGGUGUUGUACAUCGCUUCACUCCACAGAAGCACAUGCCAUAACUUUUGUUGAAAUAUGACACAUAAGGAAGGAGGUUUUCACAUUGAAUAAAAGCCACUUAACAAUAUCUAGCAAUAAUAUUGAAAUUUGCAGGUGGCCAGCACUAUAGCCAUUUGGUAGAAGCCUGAUUGCUAGAGAUAAAUAUGUGUUCUUAUCACCCAUAAGAGUAGGCAUGUCAAACUCACAAUGUCACGUGACAUCACAUGACGUAUCGCGACUUUCUCCCCAUUGCCAGCAAUGAGGUGGGUGCAGUUUUGGCAUAACGCAUCCAGUCCACAGGCCGGCAGUUUGACAUGCCUGCAUAAGAGGCUUAACUGCACAUUUCAUUUUGUUUGAUGAAAAGUAUACUGGUCACUGAUGGUCUUAUUUUUUUAACUCAAUCUCUUCUUGACUCAUACCUGAUUUAUGAAAUAGCAGUGAUUUAAUCUUAAUUUCCCAUAAAGUCUUUUUGUUAGAGUGAAAGGAAAAUGUAGUAACUCUUCAUGCUACAUCUGAUAUACUCUACCAUUAAUUGAAAAUUAAAAUUGGAAUUUUCUUGCUAAAACCCAAAGUCUGUAUUCCUUUGGCAACCAUUCUGCAAGGAAGCAAGAAAGCUAAUUUUUCCUUAACAGGGAAGACAGUGUACAACACAUAGCAAACUAACUAUCUAAGAGGCAAACUAGGCAACUUAGUAUUUUCUACUAUAUAUCCAAGGGUAUAAUUUUUAGAAUAAUUAUAGGGCUUUUAAAAUUAUAUAUAUUGCACACGAAUGUUUCAUCUGAAAAAGUGACUGUUUUAUUAAAAGUGUUCUAGAGAUCUGAACUUGUGCUUAACACACAAUAAUGAGAAACAGUCUUCAGUGCAAGAUAGCAAAGUAAGAGCAGCUGUGUGUUGGCAAAUUAUAUGUGAUUAAAAUGACUGAUUCAGCAAUGAAAAUCUCACAUCUUAUUUAAUUCAUAAUGUUGGAAAAGUAUCUCUUUAGUGUUGUGCUAGAGCUGAUAAAUAAUAAAGUAGCUGAAAAUGUCACCUGUUCAAUAUUCAGUCAAUUUUGUACUUGUAACUUCAAAACAAUUGUCUUUAUUUUUAUUUAUUUUUGUUUCAGUUUUUCAAAAGAUGCUUUAAAUUGGAGAAAGAGGAUAAUACUGAAACAGAAUUAUUUUGUUGGACUUUUUCUCUUUUAUCUAAAUUGUUAGGCACCUGCUUUCUCUGAAGCUUUCUGUGCAAAGAGCUGUACAUCUGAGCAGGUAAUCCUGAUUCUGUUUUCAAUAAGUCAAAGUGAUAAAGUAUUGAUCAUAACAUACAAUAGGAUAGUUCAGCAGUACAAUCUUCCUUCUUCUCUAGCAAUUGAAAUUAAUUGUUUUGUAGUUAAUAGCAAGGAGACAGGUGUUUAACAAAACGUCUCAGCAUCUAUAUCAAAUUAUGAUUUAUAGGGAACCCUGACAGUAAAUCUAUGUAGCAUCAGUAACUGCAUGUAGAAGAGAAAAUAAUGUUAAUGUAAAUGCCUUAGGUCCUGAUCUAGUUUCUUUCUGCUUGUAACUUUCUUGAGUUUUAUCACCAUUUCUAUAUUUUUUCUCCAAAACUUUGUUAAAGAAUAUACAGUACUGUAUUUAAUCUGCUUUCCAGUACAGUCCUCUCCAAUGUAUGUAGUGCCUGAUUUUUUUUAAAAAAACAGCUUUGUUGUAAAUCUAUAUAUGCAGAAUUGUAAUAUAUUUACUAUACUACCACCAAUUGGAAAAACAACAAUAGAAAAUGUCUCUAUGUAGUUCCUUUAAAUGCUAUUUCUUUAUUAACGUCUUGAAUUUAUACCAGCCCUUUAAUAAUCAGUGUAUUCUGAAUACAAGUCUGUGAUGCCCUCAGCUGGAGAGUAAAAGUAUUACACAAUAUAUAUUUUUCAGAUGUCUGAUGCAGGACUCAAAUUACCACAAUAACUGCAAAACUGCAGGAAUUUAUGAAGCCAACUAUUGUUGAAUUUCAACUCCUAUAACCCCCAACUUUUACAGCUAACAGCUACAGAUAACAAAGAUCUUGUGCAGCUUGUGGAAACACAUAUUCCUCACAUUUGGUAUAGACUCAAGAGAAUCAUUUUAUAGCAUGACUGCCUCAGAUUUGUUUUUCUUAUUCCUACCCAUUUGAAAAAUGUCUUUU